UGGACUUGAGCUCUCUCUCUAAAAGAGCUCUCUCUUUUUAACACAACCCAACUUUUAGUCAUCAUACUCAAAGUCUAGAAGAUUCGCUGCAGUUGCCUUGACAACCAGAUGAAAUUUUAAUUCUCUUUUUUAAUUAAUUGGAGGAGUUAAGAGAAAAAGGGCGUGGUCACCAUGGAUAAGCGGAUCCCCGUUAAAUUGUCAGAUUCUUCAGUGCUGGACACGGAGUUUUCGUCCAUUCGGGAGAGGUUCGAUGCGGAGAUGCGGAGAAUGGAGGACGAAAUGUCCAACUUCCGAACGCAACUGAUCCAACGCCAAGAAAAUUUCUUUUCCAACAAGUCCAGCUUAUUCGACUCAUCGUCCUCAUCGCGAAUGGAUUCCAUGAGCAACCAACUAACCCAGCAACAACAGCAAGGAAACGUGUUGGAAGGCCUGUCCUCACCUUUAAUUCAAGAAGACGGAGGGGAUAAAACUUUGAAACUCAGAUUCGACGUCAGCCAGUACGCCCCCGAGGAAAUUGUCCUAAAAACGAUAGACAACAAGCUCCUGGUCCACGCCAAACACGAAGAAAAAUCCGAAACGAAAUCCGUUUAUCGGGAAUACAAUCGGGAAUUUUUGCUUCCUUCCGGCGUGAAUCCGGAACUGAUCCGGAGCAGUUUGUCCAAAGAUGGGGUGCUGACCGUGGAGGCCCCGCUGCCUCAGGCGCUGCAGGGCGGAGGGGCGCAACAGGCGAUUAAGUUUUGAGCGUUGUCAUGGAUGUUGUUGUCAUGGAAAUGUGUGCGUGGGUGUUGUCAUGGAAACGGUUGCUAAUAAUAUUUAAUUAAUCCGUCCUCUCUUGUUUAUUAAAAUGUGUAAUAAUUAAUUAAUAAAAAAAUUACUAACAAAUA